GAGGACUCUUCGUUUUCAGAGCAGGAAGCUGUGAUGGACAUGCUGCGGUGCAGAAAGCUUCACCGAGUUUAUUCACGCAGAGAUGGAUCCGGUUCUAAACCUGGAAGUUCGGGUUCUGCUCCACCGAACAGACGUCCAACAGCAACGUGUCUGCAAACAGGAGAGGGUUCUGAAACAGGAGGAGUCUGGUCUGGACCAGGAGGAACCAGAACCUCCGGAUAUUAAAGAGGAGCAGAACCGGACUCCUACGGACGAACAGGGAAAACCAAACAAGUGCCAACGGGACGUUAUCUUGGAUACUCAGCUUAUAAAACAGGAGAAUAUUUCCAGACUGGACCAGGAGGAACCAGAACCUCCACAGAUCAAAGAGGAAGAGAAGAAUCCACGCUGCAGUCAGGCCGAAAACCAGCUUGAACUGAACCAGGAGACCAAGGCCGUUAUUUUGACCGCUGCUAACGAGGAACAAGACCAAAGUGAAUCCGAGCCAAACCGGAACCAGCUCAGAAGAACCAGCAGUGAAGCAGACACCUCACCCGUCUCAGGGAGUCGGAGCGACACAGAAUCAGAUCAGAAACCUCUGCAGUGUUCCCACUGUGGGAAAACGUUUGUGUGUAGAGCCAAACUGACGGCUCACACACGAGUUCACACUGGAGAGAAUCAGUUUGUUUGUAAAAUGUGUGGAAAAAGAUUCAGAACCAACGAUUGCUUAAAACGACAUGUGCUAAUCCACACAGGUGAGAAACCUUAGAUUUGUGAGAUCUGUGGGAAACGAUUCAGGCAGAGCUGCUACUUAUCAGUUCACACCAGAACCCACACCAGAGAGAAACAGUACCACUGUGAGGCGUGUGGGAAAAGUUUCCCCAACAACUCCGCUUUGCGCAGUCACACCAGUGUCCACACGGCGGAGAGGCCACAUGCGUGUGAAGAAUGUGGGAAAAGGUUCGGACGGAAGGGAACAUUAGACAAACACAGGAGAACCCACACCGGAGAGAAACCGUAUUUCUGUGAGACGUGUGGAAAACUUUUCAGAGACAGCUACACGUUAUCGCAGCACAUAAAAAUCCACACGAGGUAAUAAACCAGAGCGGAGUUGCCAUGGUGACCAUGUGAGAAGUCUGACUGCAGUCGGCGAGUCAUGAAAGUUUCAAAAUCAACACCGAUAAAAAGAAAUGAAUCAUUUUAAAAACGUUCUUAGUUUAUUACCCACAGCAAACAUUGGUUUGUUUCUUUGCUUCUCUAUUUAGCAGCCGCUGGGCUGACAGCUGAUUAACAUCUUCUGCCAUUAAUUCGUGCUGCAGCAGAAAGGAGCUGCAGCACUCCAUUUGGACACUAAAUCCAGACAAAUAUUUUGUAAAUCAGAAUUUCUGGUUGUGAAUUAGAUUUUGCAGAAUUGUAGAAUAAAAUGUCUGAACAUUUCACUAAUUAGAACAAACUUAGAAUCCAGAGAAACUACUCAUUACCUUAGAUCAACUUUAUCAGGACAAGAAUCCAGAGAAACUAUUCACGAGCUACGAUUUAGCUUAGCACUAAUAGCUAACGUUAAAACUUUACUGCGCUGAGCUUCCCCUGCAAUAUUUCCAGGUAAAUUUUAAAGCGCUAAUUGACUUGGCUGUUUUAUAAACUUUCAGUGGAAUAAAGUUUGAGGUCUGUUGAA